CUGUAACGACUACGACAUAUAAACAGACAUCACUGUACGUGUCACCGGUGUUCCUCUGCAACUCCUAAUGGCCACGUAUUUUGUCUUUUGGAUCGACUUUUACUUUUCCAAGUCUCCCCCAUCUCCUUAACUCACUCGGAAACUUGUUAUAAGUUGUGAGCUUCCUUCUCCUGCUUUUCCUCCCAAAACCCCCCAUGGCUGUAGCAAUUUCCUUUGUUUUCCUUCUCCUGUUUCCUCUUCUUGCUCAGUCUCAAGAAUUUGAUUCAUUCUUCUAUAAUGGAUUCAAUGGUAGUGAAGAAACUAUUACCACAGAAGGAGCCUCUUUUUUCAAGCCCAGUGGUGCGCUUAGGCUCACCAAUACAUCACAAAAUGUUGCAGGCCAUGCAUUCUAUAGCAAAGAAAUUCAAAUCAUUGACACUAAAUCUCCUUCAUACCCAAACGUUUCUUCUUUCAGCACAUCGUUUGUUUUUGCUGUAGUCCCCCGAGGCUCCGGCAAAGGAGGCUAUGGCCUCGCUUUCAUCUUGUCUCCCUCCAUGAAAUUCCCUGGAGCUAAGCCCGGGCAUUACCUUGGAAUUUUCAACGAGUCCAACGAUGGAAAUGAUUCAAAUCAUAUAUUUGCGGUUGAAUUUGAUACGGUUCAAGGGCACAAAGAUGUUUCAGAUACAGCAGGAAACCAUGUGGGCGUCAACAUCAAUGGCAUGUCUUCAGUAACAACUAAACCAGCUGGUUAUUCUGUCAAUGGCAGUGAAUUACACGAAGAGGAAAUUGACUUGGAGAGCGGCGAUCCAAUCCAGGCCUGGAUAGAAUAUGAUGGCAUAGAAAAAGUUGUGAAUGUAACAAUAUCUCCUGCAUCGAAAACGAAACCAGCCAUACCCCUCAUUUCCUACCCCAGGGACCUCACCCCAUAUCUUGAGGAGAGCAUGUACGUUGGUUUCUCUGCCGCAACGGGCGAGAAAUCAAGCUCUCAUUACAUUUUAGGAUGGAGCUUUGCAGUGAACGGAGCGGCUCCGCCUCUAAAUAUCUCUCAACUUCCCCUGCCACUUCCAAGGGAGAAAAGUUCAGCCCGUUUCAAACCAUUAGUUACGGCAGUCAUUGCCUCUUUAUCUGCUUUAACCCUCAUUUUGUUGGGAGCUCUGUUCUCUCUUACUCUGUAUAGAAAGUUGAUGCAUCAUGAGAGCCUUGAGGAGUGGGAGUUGGAUUGUCCUCACAGGUUCAGAUACAGGGAUCUUUAUGCAGCUACAAAGGGUUUCAAAGAGAGUGAGGUGAUUGGAGUUGGAGGCUUUGGUGCAGUCUUCAAAGGUAUUCUUCUUGCCACUGGAAGUGAAGUUGCUGUGAAGAAGAUAAUGCGUAGCUCAACACGAGGAACGAGAGAAUUUGCAGCAGAGAUUGAAAGCUUGGGAAGGUUAAGACACAAGAACCUGGUCAAUCUCCAAGGAUGGUGCAAGCACAAAAACGAUCUCCUUAUAGUGUAUGAUUAUGUUCCAAACGGCAGCCUUGAUUCUCUCGUUUUCAAGCCCAAAAACAACCGGGUGUUGCCUUGGGACAAAAGAUUCAACAUCCUUAAAGGUGUUGCUUGGGGAUUACUCUAUCUGCACGAAGAAUGGGAGCAAGUGGUGAUCCACCGAGACGUAAAGGCCAGCAAUGUUUUGAUAGACGCUGAAAUGAAUGCACGGCUAGGCGACUUCGGCCUUGCUAGGCUAUAUGAUCAUGAGAAGGUAUCACACACCACCAAUGUCGUCGGCACAAUUGGGUAUAUUGCGCCGGAAUUGGCUCGCACCGGCAAGGUAUCUACAAGCUCCGACGUGUUUGCAUAUGGGAUGUUGCUCCUUGAAGUGGCUGCUGGGAGAAGACCGAUUGACUCGACCAGUUUCGUUCUGCUCGACUGGGUAAUGGAAUGUCAUCAGAAGGGUCGGAUUGGGGAAGCAGUUGAUCCGAAGUUGAAUUCCAUUUACAUGAUUGAGGAGGCGGAGCUGGUUUUGGAACUGGGUCUUCUCUGUUCUCAUCACAGGCCGGAAGCUAGGCCUAGCAUGAGACAGGUGACACGGUAUCUGAGUCGGGAUGACCCGCUUCCUGCCAUUAAUGAUUGGGGCUCCGUUGAUUCUCAAAGCUUCAGUGAAAUGAACUCGAGAAUGUUGUUAGCAGCGAUUUCUUCUGAUACCAUCACAGGGUCCCAUAUUUCGUCAGCCAGUGGCGGCAUCUCUACCACUUCCAUAGACACUGGCAGAUAGUGUAUAUAUAUAUAUAUAUAUAUAUAUAUAUAUAUAUUGGAGACUCCAACUUUUUUCUUCUUUCCCGGCCUUUUUCAUUUUUUUAGGGAUUUAAUUAAUUCCGCCGGUUUCAAAACAUUACUAGUGAAAGAUAUCAUUCUUUAUUGACAAUUUAUUUUCUAAUGUUUU